AUGGUCGAUGAUCGGGUCGUAGACAUUCGGAAGCUUGUUAGUGCUCUACAAGAAAUAGAGAGAGACGGUGGUAUCAACAGAGACGAAUAUCGCAGGUUAUACCCAACUACAGAUACCCCUCCUAAGUUUUAUGGUCUCCCUAAAAUCCAUAAACCGAACAUUCCACUUCGACCGAUUGUAAGUAGUAUUGGAUCAAUUACUUAUAACUGUGCCAAGCAUCUUGCCUACAUUAUGUCACCUUUAGUUGGUCAGACUUGUCACCAUGUAACUGAUUCUCAAUCUUUUGCUGAAUGUAUUAAGAAUACGCGUGUUGAGGAAGACGAGGAACUGAGAUCAUAUGACGUGACAGCUUUUUUCACUUCAGUUCCUAUUGACAAGGCCCUGAAGAUUAUCCAAUCCAAACUUCAGAGCGUGAACACUUGGAAAGAUAGGACUCGCUUAUCAGUGGACCACAUUGUGAAACUGUUGGAUGUUUGCCUGCGAUGUACUUAUUUUGUUCACAAUGGCAUAUAUUAUCAGCAGAUCCAUGGAGCAGCGAUGGGAUCGCCAAUUUCCCCCAUUGUUUGUAAUCUGUACAUGGAACAUUUUGAACAAUUAGCUCUUGAGUCAGCACCUCAUCCUCCAAUAUGGUGGUUUCGAUAUGUUGAUGAUACACACACUAAACUCAAGAAAGAAUUCUCGCAGGAAUUUACUGAUCAUCUGAACUUGAUUGAUCCGGACAUUCAAUUCACCACUGAAGGUGAGGAAGGACUGUCGCUGGCAUUUCUUGACACUUUGACGGUUAUUCAACCAGACGGCAACUUGGAUAUCAAAGUUUACCGUAAACCUACGCACACCGACCAAUACCUGAACUUUUCCUCUAAUCACCCACUUGAACAUAAGCUUGGUGUGACCAAGACUCUUUUCCAUCGAGCGGAAGCGGUUAUCACAGAUCCAGUCACCGUUUCUGAGGAAAAAGCGCACGUUAAACGGGCUCUCUCCAAGUGCGGCUAUCCUAGUUUGGUCUUCAACAAGAUCGAUAACUCAGCUAAAGGAAAGUCUCCGCCUAGAAAGGACAACCCCAAGCCACCCAAAGGACAGAUUGUACUUCCGUACGUUAAAGGAUUAUCGGAAGCCCUUCGUAGGAAUUUCAGACAAUUUGGCAUUAGGGUGUGCUACAAACCAACAAGGACCCUUAGACAGUAUUUGGUUGCGCCGAAAGAUAAGACAGAGAAGAAGGAUAUCACCGGUCCUAUUUAUUUGAUUCCUUGUCAAGGACAGACGACUAAGGAAUCUUAUAUAGGAGAAACAGAACGUUCCCUUAGGACAAGAUUCCUUGAACACCGACGCCCUAGCUCCACUUCCUCCGAGGUAUCUCAGCACAUCCACAUCGAAUCCCCUGGCCAUUGUGUUGACAUCAACAAGGUACAAGUGCUGGACAGGGAGCCGCGGUACUUCGAGAGAGGUGUGAAAGAGGCCAUCUACAUCCGGGCGUUCAGACCUUCUCUCAACAGAGACGGGGGGCGAUACAAGCUUCCGAAUGUCUACGACCCGAUCAUCGACCAUUACGUCACUAAGGUCAAAUCGGGUCACAUCGCUGACGAAGGUUGCAGUUAG